AUGGGUAAUACGAAGGGUGAAAAUCGUGUUAGCAAGACAGCGUGCAAGAAAUGUUCUAAGGAGACACCUCAUCUUGGAAUACCGAAAUCUAGGUCUGCGUGUAAACGAUGCAGAGCUAAGAAGAUUAAAUGUGAUCAGGAAUUUCCUAGUUGCGGCAAAUGUGCCAAGGUCAACGAACCUUGCGUUUCGAUAGAUCCUGCUACAGGGGAAGAUAUCCCAAGAUCAUAUGUUCUAUUUUUGGAAGAUCGAUUAUCUGCUAUGAUGCGGAGACUAAAGGAGUUUGGUGUCGACCCUGCUCAAAUAAAGGGUAAUAUCCCAGCUACAAGUAAUGAUGAUCCGUGUAAUUUGAAAAUGUAUAAGAAUGCCAAGAAAAACAAUAGGAAAGGAGGUUUCCAUUUGAAUGAUGAUCUUCUGGCAUCCUUUUUAAUCAAGAAGGGAAAAACUUUGAAACGCGAGCCUGAUAAUCAGCAAGCUAUUUCUCCCUCUACAAAUAUGGAACCUAUUACCAGCCUACCUGAAACAGGUAGUUCUGUCGAAUAUGACACAAAACCUUUAGAAUUUCAAGAGUCUAACGAUCAUUUUUCGAAGCUGGGAUCUUCAAAAAUGGAUGAGGCAAAUUCUUUUCUUGGGGACUCUUCAGGUAUUUCUUUUGCUAAAUUAGUCCUCACUGCAGCAAACUUCUCACCUGAAUCAUUGCACAAUGAAGCAGAUGAAGAAAUUGAACAGAACUUGUCAAAUUUAGUGUCAGGUGAAGCAAUAGAAUCUUCAUUGAAGUUUGCUCCUCUAGAUCUACCGACUCGUGAAGAAGCGGAACGUUGGAUUGUUAGAUUUUUCAUUGAUACAAAUUCUCAAUUACCUAUCUUCCACAGGGAAUUAUUCUUGAAAAAAUAUUUUGAACCAGUAUAUGGUCCAUGGAAUCCUGAGAUAUCUUUAGUUUCAGAUAGUAAUAAGAUCAAUACUGCAUUUGAAUUACCGGAAAGUAUGUUGGAUUCAGCAAGAGCAGAUGAAGAUGACAUCAAUAUUGAUCCAUCUAUACCUUGGUAUAACACAUGGGAAACAUUGAAAAAUAUGGGUGAAACUAUAAAGCUUCCCUCUAGGCUAAAAAAGCCCUUUUUCUUUUUGAAUAUCGUUUUUGCCAUAGGCCAUUCAACCCAGGUGUUGCUAGCUGACACUAGAAAAGUUGUGACCUUCAAAAAAAGGGCAUUACAUUUUUCAAAUGUUGUCUUCUCAUCGAAUGACAGAUUGGAAGCUCUGGCCGGUACAUUAUUAUUAGCUGAUUAUUCAAUCAUGCGACCUAGUGUGCCUGGCGUUUGGUAUCUUAUGGGCUCAGUUCUUCGGUUAACCGUUGAUUUAGGUUUACAUAGUGAAAUUUUGAAUUCAAAUUAUGACCCAUUUACUAGAGAAAUUCGAAGAAGACUGUUUUGGAGUGUUUAUGCUUUGGACAGACAGGUUUGUUCCUAUUUUGGAAGACCCUUCGGAAUUCCUGAAGAAAAUAUUACCACUAGAUAUCCAAGUAUACUAGAUGAUUCUGUCAUAGUUGCCAAAAAUUUUGUACUAGAUGACUAUUCUGAUGCAACGAGCCAAUGUGCAUCUUCGAAGGUAAUUGCCAUGGCAAUGUUCAAAGUUAGAAAAAUUCAGGCUGAUAUCGUCAAAAUAUUGUAUGCACCAAAUUCUGAACUACCGAGAGGUUUUUCAGAUUUUGAACAAUGGAGAGAUUCAGCCCGUAAUAAAUUGGAUAAAUGGUAUAGUAUUGAAGUUCCUAAGUCCUUUGAUGCCAUGAACUGUAAAUUCAAUAUUUUCUUUUUUGAUUUAAAUUACCAUUAUAGUAAACUGAUAUUGUAUGGAUUGGCUCCUAAAUGUCCUGUCUUGAACGAGAAGGCCUUUCAAAUUGUGUUAGAAAGUUCAAAAGGUACAAUUGAUGUCUUUGAUGGGCUUUGCAAUAAACAGAAACUAACCUACACCUGGGUUGCAGUCCACAAUAUCUUUAUGACAGGUAUGACGUAUUUGUAUGUUACUUAUUAUGCCAAUAAAACUUUCAAUGAGAACGAAGAAACUGUGAAGGAAUAUACAGCGAAAGUUUUGAACGUCCUGAGAAACUUAAUAGGUACAUGCAACGCUGCUAAAAAUUGCUACAAGAUGUACAAGACAUUAUCAGCAGUAGUUGUGAGUCUGAAAUACGGUUCGAAUAAGAACGUGAAGAAUAUUGACGCCAAAGUAACGGAUGAAAAUGAUCCUCCUAAUGCGGAACUUUUUUCAACAAUACCUGACAUCUCCAUGGAUAAUUUUGAUAUUCCAUUGGAAGAGUUCUUUACUGAAUUGGAAAAAGUUAGUGCUAACAAUUUAAAUACAGGUACAGAACAGUCUUUAGUGAUGACCGACCCGCUGCUUUCUACUGGCACAGUCCCAAAUGUGCCCAAGCUCGAUGCAAACAGUUUUGAUGCUGCAUCAUUGCAAGGCAAUGAAGACAAUAAUCUUGUGAAUUUGUUAUACCAGGCAACAUCGCACAGUUUGUGGGAUGAUUUCUUCGUUAAAGGGAAUGGUGUCAACAGCAAUGACAUGGAGAUGCACAUAGCACAUUUCAAUGGCAGUUUGUAG